AUGGCCGACAAAACUUUUCAAUCUAUUAUUAAUAAUGAUGAUAAUGAUCAUACAGACGACGAAUAUCUAUUGUGGAAUUUACCAAUAUUUUCUUUUAAUGAUAAAUUGUCAUUGUCCAAUGUUGGGAAUAUCGAUAAUAUGAUGCUUUAG